AUGUCCGGUGACCAUGACUCUGCCGCUCGGCGCAGCACGGUGCUCCUGAUCCUGGCCGCCGGGUAUGGAACCCGCCUGGCCCGAGACCUGGAGCAAGACCCCGACCCCCGGUGGGAUGCCGUGCGUCGCCUGCCCAAGCCCCUGCUGCCGGUUCUCCGGCGCCCGGUGACCUCGAGUGUCGUCACCCCGCCCGGGGCCGAGGGGGCCGGCUCGCGCGACAGCAGCACCAGCACCCUGCCCGAGGCCGAGGCUCCGGACCCCGGGCGCGCGGCGGCGGCCCCCCGGGACUCCUUCUGCGAUGCGUGGGUCCAGGCGGCGGUGGAUUGCAACCGCGAGCUCAAUCCCACCGGUGUGAGCUGGCUCGCCGGACGGUACCACACCGCCAAUGUGGGCAUUUCCCAGGUGGUCCUGGUGACCAAUGCCGCCCACUUGGCCCUCUAUGAGGCGUGGGCUGCCGGCGCCCGGGAGCGCUUUGCCCUGGCCGACUGCCGCGACUCGGAUGCCGACGCCAGCGGCCAUGGCCCCGGGUCGAUGACCCUCUCGGUCAUCAGUGACGGGUCUACCAGCAAUGCCACCCGCCUGGGUGCCAUCGGCUCGCUGGGGCUCGCCAUGGGGCAGCUGCCGCGCGAGUGCGAUCUGCUGGUGGUGGCCGGCGACUCGUGGGUCCACCGGGCCGAUGGCCUGGACUUGGCGGAGUUCCUGCGUUUCCGCCGGGCCUGGCACUUUGCCGGGCGCCCGGCCGAUGUGGGGCUCCUUUGCUACCCGCUGCCGGCCCUGGACGACCCCACCCAGCGGGGCAUCUUGGCCCUGUCGGCCGAGGCGGCGCACUUCGCCGGCGACCCCGCGGGCUUGCCCAUUCACUUGGACCCGGCGGCCGGGUGGGCCGCCGCUCAUGAGGAUCCGCCACCCUCGGCCCCGGGCAGGGGUCCAGUCGGGCGGCCCUUCGCCGGCCAGGCCCCGCCACGUCGGGUCCUGGACUUGGUCGAGAAGCCGGCAUCGGCCGAGCUGGCCCCCUCGCGCUUUGUCUGUCCGGCGGUCUACCUCUUGACUCGGGAUGCGCGGCCGCAUGUUUUGGACUACAUUGCUCGCGGCGCCACCGACCCCACAGUCAACAUGGAUGCCCCGGGGCAUCUGAUUUCCCAUUUGGCCAAGUGUUCUUUGGCCCUGGCUUUCCCCAUCCGCCGGCGAAUGGAUGUGGGCAACUUGGCCGAGUAUCGGGCCGCCAUCGAGCAAGAGCACCAUGCCGGGCGGUGCUUUGCUCGGGCUGCGCUGGCCGGGAACCCCUCGGACGCGUAUGCCGGCCGGGUGGUCGGCGCGGCGGUGGCAAACUACUAUGCGGAGGUGUGCAUUGCCGAGCGCCCGGAGGCUGAGCUCCAACACCUCCGGCAGGUGGCCGGCAUCGCCCUUCUGCCGCAUUCGGUGCACGACUCGCAUGAGGGAGUCGAGUUUGGCAGUGGCAUGCGCCUGAUGGAGGCGGCGGUCGGCCGUUUCCACGCCCUGGCCACCCGGGCCGGUGUAUCGGUGGCUGGUCGGUCGGUCCGAGGCCUGGGGCUAUCCUAUUCGACGACGAUCCCGCGCAGCUGCGGGCUCAGCGGCUCGAGUGCCCUGAUCGCCGCGUGCUGGCGAGCUCUGGCCAGUUUGCACCGUGUUUCCCUGGCGACCCUCUGCGGGGGCGAGGAGCAGAUCCCGUUCGAAAUUUUGGCCGUCGAGACGGAGGACCUGGGCAUCGUGGCCGGGCCGCAGGACCGCCUGAUUCAGCAUCAUGGCGGCCUUGUUGUCAUGGACUUUGCCGGGGCCCGGCCGCUAAUCACCCGGCCCGCCGGCUGCCCCAAGGGCAUGCUCCCCGGGACGCUAUACCUGGCACAUCGAACCGAACCGGCCGGGGCCGGAAGCUCGGGCGAUGCACACCGGACCGUUCGCGCCAGGCACACCAGCGGCUCGACGCUGGUGAGAGACCGGAUGGCCCGACUGGCGGACCUUGCCCAGCGCGCUGUCGACGCCCUCGCCAAGGUACGUGACGCGCGGGGUGGGUGGUGGGCAUGCCACGCGGGCUGGCGCAUCCGGCCGAGGCACUCUAUGAAUCUACAUUUUGCGGGGGCAAGGAAAAGUGCCAGGCCGCCGGGGAGAGGAACAAGCGGCAGGGGGCCCAGGAAGGGGACGCAGCGCUGACACGGCGAGAAAAAAAAAGCACGAUCUGGCCGCCUUCUGCAUGGUGCUCGAUGAGUGUCACCAAAUCCGCCGGGAGGUCUUCUUCGGGCAUCUAUCCGAGGCAGACAUUCGUGACCCGGCCAAUGCCCACUCCAAUGACAUCCUCAACUUGCGCCUGGUGUCGCUUGCCGCGGAGGCCGGCUGCGCGGCGGCCUUCUGCGGCUCCGGCGGGGGGGUUGUCAUCGCCCCCCGGCCGGAUGACGCCUCCAGCGGCGGAGGUAUCUGGCCAGGUCCGAGCCCCGAGCGAGAGCACGAACUUGUCCAGCAUUUCCAGCGCCACGGGGUGCACUUGAUCCGCUUGCAUGUGGCUCCCGCAUGUCUGUGAGAGUUGGAGCCGGGCAAGAGAGAGAGAGAGAGGGGGGG